CAGGUCAUCAACUCAUAUUUACCGCCAAGCUCGAUGGCAACGUCCGUGCUGACCCUGGAGCAGCUCCCGGCGGACGUGAUCGUGAUGGUGCUGCAGUACCUGCCGGUGAAGGACGUUUUCGACUGCCGCCUUGUGUGCAAGAGGCUCUGCGACCUGGCCCUGCACUGGGACGUCUGGCGCCACCGAUCGCUCGAGGACGACGCCCCCCAUGCCGGCGCGGUACUGCGCCUGGCCCCGUGCCUCAACAAGCUUCAAGUCAAGGGCCGUGUCCCGACCACGACCACGGCGGCGACCACGACCAGGUGCGCCGUGGCGAGUUUGGAACUGUAUUCGGAUACUGGAGCGGUAAUUAACGCCGCAGAGUACGCCUUGGCCGUGCGCAACCAGGAACUCCUUGGACGCCUAAGAAAACUUGAGCUUAACACCGAUUUGAGGCCUGCGAGCGACGUGCUGGUAAAGGCGGUCGCAAUGUGUUCUAACCUCGAGUCGCUUGAAAUCUUUGACGACCUACCCGAUGUCAGCCACACCGUUGUUCACGGGCCACCCAGGCCCUCGCUAACAAAUUUUCGGUGCUCGGUCGAUAAGAACUCAGCAUCCUUCGCGCACAUCAUACUCGCCUUGCACGCGGCAACCUUGGAGCAGGUGAGCAUCAGCGCUGUCGACGAUUUUGCGGAGACGAGGAUUCCUGAACUGUUGGUCAACCUGCCUCGACUCCGCAGCCUGCGAUACGGCCUUUCUCUGUGCGGUCUGAACGUCGUAGUAGAGUGUAAGACACUCAGAGAGGUGAGCAUAUAUGUCGAUUCGGAGCUAGAAAACAUCGACGUUCUUUCUGAUUUCCUCCGCCGAGCCAACCAACUGCGUCGCGUCCACCUGGAUUGCGGCUGGGUCGACGAAGACUCCCACCCCGAGGUCGGCGCGGUGCUAGUCAGGGCCCUGACCUGGUCCGGGCGGUCCCACUCCCACCUGGAGUGGCUGGCCCUCGAAGGGGUCACGGACGUACGGCCGCUGCUCCGCGCACUGCCCUCGCUGCCCGCCCUGCGCCACCUGGACCUGGACGCUGCGCCCGCAGACGAGCUGCUCAAGAGCAUCACCCCCGUCACGGCCCCGGCACUGAGGAGCCUGGGAGUUGUGGCGCGGGAGGAAGCAUGUCCCCACGCCUGGAUACACGGGGCCGCCGUCAAGGCGACGCUCGCGGAGAACCCCUCGCUUCAUAUACAGCUCUGGUGCCUCCGUAAUAUCAAGAAGUGCGAAACCCAGGAUUGUGGGGCAUGCGUGACAGGCUGCCAUAGAGAAGUCAGGUGGGGCGGUGGGGAAAAAAUAGGCCUCUACUCGCAUGACCCUGACAAGUGUCCCUCACCGGGUGUUCACACUGAUGACGCCACCGACUGGCUAAGGUCCUAUUUCCACCGUUAUGAAGUCGCGUGUACGUGUACGUGGUAUCAUAUUUGACGCAUUUCUACAUUUGGUUUUCUCUGUUUUCUACUUUAAAAUUGUUCCCAGUCAUGUUGAUUAAAGGGUGAAUAA